AUGAUCCCGGUGUGCGCGCUCUCCCCUCGAGAUACCAUAGAUCUCACCCGAGGACGAGACCAGUCUAGAGACCGCCUCUUAGCGCCCACUCUCGCUCCCCCGCUCGAUCGACCCGCUGUAGCCUCCCCUCCUCGCCCCCCCGCGCGCAUCCCAUCGUCUCUACCGAUGCUCGUCGACACCCGCUCCUGCGACCAGUCUCGCUCCCCGCUCGCGCCCGGCGCUCGUACUGCUCCCCGCAGCGUCUCCCGCGCUAUCUCGCCCGCCGCGAUGCUGCCCAUCUCGCUCGCCCAUAUCGCAUCUACCAUACGCGACCGCAGAGAGACCCUCUGA